AUCCAGUGCAGUGGUUCUGAAAUAUUUGUCACCAAAAUGGCAUCUUUAUUAGUGACAAGUGUAUUAGCCAUCUGCUUCAUCCUUUGCUCGGGCGUAAAAGUCGACAUUAGGAGAGAAUCAUUUCACCGUGGUAAAAAUGUAUUUUGUGCACAACUCCAGUGUACAGAGAACAUAUCAGAGAACAUAACAGAAGACACUCAGAUGUCAGCUCUUGUCAACAUGUCAGUCUAUAGGACCAGUGAAUCAGAAGGGAAGAUUUUGGUGGCGUCUAUCUUAGGAGCUGAUUCAAGGGUUAUAGACUACAAAGUGCCCGGAGUUUUAAUUGAUGGGAAAAUGUCAAAACACGACGGUGAAUUGAUGUUGUAUUUGUCAAAUCCUCCAUUAUGCCACACAGCGAUAUUUAAGUGUGAGGUGUAUUUUUCUAACAUGACAGGAGAAGUUGGAGUAGAAGAAGAAAAAACAGAAUCAACAACUACUAAGAAAAAGCGGAAGUCAGACCUGGUGAUGAGUUUGAAAGCUAAAACUAUAGACUACGUGAGAACUGUGGACACAAUGGCCGACUUUUUGAAAUCGUUUGAAGAUCCAGAAAAACUAAAAGGUGCAGACAUGUCAAUGUCUUUACAAAUGUCACAUUCGGAUGGAGAUGAGUAUAUGAAGGAUACAAUUUUGUCAACUACAGACUUAACUGACAGUCACAAACAAAUAUUUUUUUCUAAUGAUAUGGGGUCAUUUAACACAAGAUUCAAUAAUCUGACCACCGUUGUUAAAGAAAAUUUGCAAGUUAUGAAUAACAGAAUGAGUAGCAUCGAAGACAGUGUUUUAAAAUUCAUUGCAAUAUCUGAAGGAAACGAAACAUCACAGUUAGUAGGUUUAUCAAACAAAACUGGACAAGAUGCAAUUUUAAACACCGUGGCAGCGGAAUUUAAAGAGCAAAUGCAACUUAUGAAUGACAGAUUUAGAAAUUUAGAGGACAAAUUAAACCUAGCCAUAAAAAUAUCAGAAUCUAAUCAAACAUCAAAUUUGGCACUGAUUCCAAACACCGAUCAAAAGAUGAAAGACGUGAUAAUAUCUUGCCCAUUGGUUGGGACGAAAGAAAUGUGUAAAAGAAAUUAUAACACGAGCUUGCCUAACCGGUAUUCCAUUCUACUGAAUGAAACGAAGUUGACUCUGUGUGAUACAAAAACUGACUUAGGUGGAUGGAUCUUGAUACAGCGUCGUAUUUCGGGUGAUGUCGACUUUUCCAGAAAAUGGAAUGAUUAUAAAGAUGGUUUUGGCUCAAUUGCAGGAGAUUUCUGGCUUGGCAAUAAAUGGAUUUCUUGGCUUACGAUGGAGGGCUUUAAUGAAAUGAGAAUCGACAUGUCUUAUAACGGUAGCAGCUACCACAUUGUGUACAGACAUUUUACGGUACAAAAUGAAGUCGGUUUUUAUAGGAUGACGUAUUCAACAUCCAGUGGAAAUAUUGUGGACAACCUAAGUUACCAUAAUGGGAUGAAGUUUGCUACAGUAGACCGGGACAACAACUAUUGCGCUGCGUCAUACACAGGGGGGUGGUGGUAUGACCAUUGUUACUCUGUUGUGUUGAAUGGAAUCUGGGGGAGUGUUAAGAAGGGUCUAGGCAUACACUGGUUUAACAUAACUGGUAACACAAACAGUCUUGACUUUGUUGAGAUGAAAGUACGAAAACUACGAGAGUAG